AUGCCACAAAGCUCAAUCAGAAGAGCCCUUGGGGCAGUAAAGGAUCAAACAAGUAUAGGACUAGCUAAGGUUGGAAGCAGCACCUCACUUGCUGACCUUGAUGUCGCCAUUGUGAAGGCGACACGGCACGAUGAACAUCCGUCGGAAGAGAAAUAUAUAAGGGAGAUUUUGAGCCUAACGUGUUACUCGCGAGCGUUUAUUAGCGCGUGUGUUAAUACGCUUUCGAGACGUCUCAGCAAGACUAAAAGCUGGACAGUGGGUUUGAAAACUCUUAUUUUGAUUCAAAGGCUUUUGACAGAGGGUGAUCCUGCUUAUGAGCAAGAGAUAUUCUUCUCAACUCGACGCGGGACUCGCCUGCUCAACAUGUCUGAUUUUCGUGACAGUUUGAAAUCUGAUUCUUGGGACUAUUCUGCCUUUGUGCGCACGUAUUCGUUAUAUCUAGAUGAGAGGCUUGAGUAUAAGAUGCAAAAUCGGCGAGGAAAGCGUGGCAUGUUUGGUAUUGACGAAGAGGAGGAUGAUCGGGAGAGAGAAAGAGAAAAGGACAGGGAUAAAGACACCGUUGUAAGAUCUACACCGGUGCGUGACAUGAAGUUAGAGCAGAUUUUUUCCAAAAUGCAGCAUUUGCAAUUGCUUAUCGAACGCUUUUUAGCUUGUCGUCCGACAGGGGGAGCAAAGAAUCAUAGAAUUGUGAUAGUGGCUCUUUAUCCGAUUGUGAAGGAUAGUUUUCAAUCAUAUUACGAGAUAUCGGAAAUAAUGAGCAUUUUAAUCGACCGUUUUCCUGACAUGGAAGUCGCCGACUGUGUUAAGGUGUACGACAUUUUCUGUCGUGUUGGAAAACAGUUUGAUGAGCUAGACCUCUUCUAUGGAUGGUCCAAGAGUAUUGGAAUUGCUCGCUCUUCCGAGUACCCCGAGAUAGAAAAGGUCACACCAAAGAAACUCGAGGUUAUGGAAGAGUUUAUCAAAGACAAGUCACUCUUAGCACAAAGCCAGAAAACUAAUGCAGAAGAAGAGGUGGUUGAAAAAGUCGAGGAACCUGAACCCGAACCUGAGCCUGAACCCGAACCCGAACCGGAAGAAGUGAGUGAAGUCAAGGCACUACCGCCGCCAGAGGAACCGGUUGAAGAAGUAAAGGAAGAGCCGGUAGAGGUGAAAGAAGAAAAAGUUGUACAAACCGAAGGCGAUUUGUUGAACUUAGGAGAUGAUAGGGUGACAAAUGAAGAACAUGGGGACAAACUAGCCUUAGCUUUAUUUGAUGGAGCUGCAGUAACAAAUGAAGGUGCAACACAAGCACUUCCAUGGCAUGCAUUCGAUGAAGGAGCAGAUUGGGAAACAGCAUUGGUACAAUCAACUAGCCACUUAGGGAACCAGAAACCUGCAUUAGGUGGAGGGUUUGAUACCCUAUUAUUGGAUGGUAUGUACAAACAAAGUGAAAUGAAUGCAGCAAUGCAAGGACAAGGUUAUGGUGGCAGUGGAAGUGCUAGCAGUGUUGCACUUGGUUCAGCUGGAAGACCUGCAAUGUUAGCAUUGCCAGCACCAGCAUCAUCGGGAACUGGAAAUGAUUCUAGCUCAGGAUAUGUAGAUCCGUUUGCUGCGUCGUUGGCUAUUGCACCUCCGUCUUACGUUCAAAUGUCGGAGAUGGAGAAGAAGCAAAGGUUGUUAGUUGAAGAACAGCUCAUAUGGCAGCAAUAUGAAAAGGAUCGUAUGCAAGGACAUGCUGCACUGCAUAAACAACAGCCUGGUAGCAAUAACUCUUACACGGGAGGGUAUCCACAGAACUAUGGCAAUUAUCAUCGUUGA